AUGGUCGCCCCGUCGCCGAGCAUCAACCGAGCUGGCCAGUCACCGUCGACGGCUUCGAGCUCGUCGCCCGUGGUCACCGCGGCCGCUCCUGUGCUCCCGAAGCCGGCGCUUAGCUUUGCCACUCCUCCGGCCACCUUCAAGCCAGCCACCCCGAAGCCCGCCGAAGCCGUUGUCACCACCACGCCCAACGCUGUCAAACCGGCCACCCUGACGUUUGGAAACAUCUUUGGAGCUGCCCCCAAGCCUCCAAUGCCGACUACUCCGCAAGCCGUCGUGUCUUCGCCCAAGAAGGAGCCCGAGCAGGCUGUCCGUGAAGAUGAGGAAGGCGACCCCGAAGAGUACGUUCCGGAAGCCGACUUUGCGCCGGCGAUUCCGCUGCCAGACCUUGUCGAUGUCGUCACCGGAGAAGAGGAUGAAACGCCUCUGUUCACUACCCGCUGCAAGGUCUACCGUUUCACCGACAACGAGUGGAAGGAACGCGGGAUCGGCGAGCUGAAGGUGCUGGAGAACAAGGACACGAAGAAACGCCGUAUUGUGAUGCGUCGCGAGCAAGUGCACAAGGUGUGCGUGAACCACGGCUUUGAUGCGUCGAUGAAGAUCGAGCCGAUGAGGAACCAGCCGAAAGCUCUUUGCUGGGUGUGCAUGGAUGCGUCGGAUGGUGAGUCUACUGUGACGAAACUGUCUGCUCGCUUCGCUUCACCCGAGCUGGCCGCUGAGUUCCGCACCGUCUUUGAAGCAGCCGUGGAGAACGCCAAAAACUAUGCGUCGCCCCAAAAGCCCGUUGACAUCAAGGACGAGCCCAAGAGCGAGCCGGCUGAAGAGUCUGCCGCCGCCCCACAGAAGACACUUUUCGGUGGCAGUGCUUUCGGAUCAUCCUCGCCGGGCGGCUCAAUCUUUGGUGGUGCCGUGAAAACCCCGACUACGACUGGCCCUUCUGCCGAAACUACCGCCACCUCGCACGUCUUUGGCCAAGGCACUUCCCUCGGAGGCACUUCUGGCUUCUCGUUCAGCUCAGCUGCGCCCAAGGGCAACAUAUUCGAGGGCACGACUUCCGAAAGCGCCAAACAGAAGCUGAACGCUUUGGAGAAGGCCAAGCCGCUCAACACCUCCAUGGCUUCGUCCGGACCGGGAAACCAGAACAAGGACGAUGACGAAGAGGGCGGCGAGGAUGACGAGUACGAAGCCCAGGCCGACUUUCAGCCGAUUGUCCCGCUGCCGGACUUGAUAGAGGUUAAAACCGGUGAAGAGGAGGAGGAGGUCGUGUUCAAGGAGCGCUGCAAGCUGUACCGCUACGACAAGGAGGCGCGUGAGGCAAAGGAGCGAGGCGUUGGCGAGAUCAAGAUUCUCCGCAACUCCAAUGGCCUCUACCGCUGCGUGAUGAGGCGCGAGCAGGUCCACAAGCUGUGCGCCAACUUCUUGAUCCGUGCCGGGAUGACGAUCACCGAAAAGGACAAGUCGGAGCAGGUUGCCCUCCUCAACUGUCGGGACUUCUCGGAGGACGCGGGCGGUCGCGAGGAGACGCUCUUCAUCAAGUUCAAGUCGAGCGUCGAGCGCGACGCCUUCAUCGCGACGUACCGUGAGGGCAUCGCCUCCGACUCG